UACAAAAUUGUGAUGUUAGCGCCAUUGAUGUAUGUGUGAUGAAGCCGUUGCUGAGGAGUGGCUCUGGUGAGUGCAGUGACACUCAGUAAACUGGGAGGGUCGCUAAUGACUUUCUGCAAACAUGGCUGCCCAGGAUGAACUCAAUCAACUGGAACGUGUGUUCCUUCGCCUGGGCCAUGCAGAAACAGAUGAUCAGCUACAGGACAUUAUCUCCAAGUUCCUACCCCCUGUGCUCCUCAAACUCUCCAGCGUUCAGGAGGGUGUGCGAAAGAAAGUAAUGGAGUUGUUGGUCCACCUGAACAAGAGGAUAAAAAGCCGACCUAAGAUUCAGCUACCAGUAGAAACUUUGCUGGUACAGUACCAAGAUCCUGCAGCUGCCUCCUUUGUCACAAAUUUCACCAUCAUCUACAUCAAAAUGGGCUACCCACGUCUGGAGGUGGGAAAACAGUGUGAGUUGGCCCCCACUCUUCUUACUGCCAUGGAAGGCAAGCCACAGCCACAGCAGGACAGCCUGAUGCACCUGCUGAUCCCUACUCUUUACCAUAUGAAGUAUCCUGCAGACGUCUCCAAGAAUGCUUCUCCAUUUAACUUAACUGAAAGGCCAAAGACAGUGCAGCUGCUGCUGGAGUUCAUGUUAGAUGUUUUACUGAUGCCUUAUGGGUUUGUGCUGAAUGAGUCUCCGACUCGCCCUGCUCCCUCCUCCUCCCAGGGAAGUUCUACAGACGGGACAGUGGCUGCAGGUGGCCUGGGUCUCCCCCAGCCUCCCCCAGGAAUGAGUGUCUAUGCUGCCAAGAGGGUGAUUGGAGAGGCCCAGUGGAGCGCUGAGCAGCUAGAGCAGUGUAAGCUGGGCAUAGUGAAGUUCAUCGAGGCAAAGCAAGUCCCAGAGGUGGAGACAGUGGUGCACCUGGUGGUGGCGUCAAGCGACACCCGACACAGUGUGGCCACUGCAGCUGAUCUGGAGCUGAAGAGCAAGCAGAGCAUCAUCGAUUGGAACAAUCCUCUAAUUAUCAACAAGAUGUACAAGGUGUAUCUGGGGGAUGUUCCUCUUAAAACAAAGGGCGGUAAUAUGAAGCAAGAGCUGAAACAUGAGCCAGUAAGCACAAGAGUCAAACUGAAGAUCCUGCCACAUCUUCUGCGGUCACGCCUAGCCGCAGAGUGCUUUCCAGCUAAUAUCCAGGUUGUGUACGAUGGUCUGUUUGGAGCCAACACCAACAACAAACUGCUGUCUCUCACCUUGCAGUUUGUCCAUCACAUCUGCAUGGUAUGUCCUGACACUAAUAAACCUUUGGGACUAAUGCUGCUUAAUGGUCUCACCAAGCUCAUCAAUGAAUACAAGGAGGAUCCUAAGUUACUAUGUGUUGCCUACUCUGCUGUUGGAAAGCUGUCAAGCCGCAUGCCACAGCUGUUCACAAAGGACAUUGCACUCGUACAGCAGUUUUUUGAGUCCAUGUGCAAGGAGGAGCCCGAUGUCCGUCUUGCCAUCCAGGAAGCUUUGUCUAUGAUGGUUGGAGCUUAUUCCAAUCUACAGGGGGCGCUGCUGAACCUGAUGGAGGCCCUGGUGGCUGCAUACAUUGGAAAGCCGGAGGUGCAAGUUCGCCAGGUGGCCAUGAAGUUUGCCAGCACAGUGUUUGGUCCUGAUCAUGUGCCAUCAAGAUACCUGCUGCUACUGGCAGCUGGAGACCCGAGGGAGGAGGUGUCUGCGGAGGCCCAGAAGGUGCUGAGAGCUUUUCCUACCAAGAGAUCGGAGAAGGAGGGACUAAAGCCAAUGCCCUCCUUUCCUGACAUGGUGGCCUAUGUCCAGGAGAAGGCGGCUCAGAGGAUCAAGACUCCGGCUAAGUACAUUGUUGGAACCUCUACUAUUCCUUUCAACCCAUCUGCGUUUGGCGAGAUCGUGCUCUACCUGAGGAUGUGUUUGGCCCACAGCGCUGGGGCCACGCCCAUGUCCAUGCGCCUGGCAGACAUGCAGGAUGAUGCACCAGCCAUCGGCCACUACAUCCACACACUGCUGUCCUCUGAGCAUCAGUCUCCAGUGUCAAAGGGUUCUGAGGCAAACCCUGUUCAUGUCUACAUGGAUCUGCUGCAGCAGCUGCUGUCUGCUGUAGGGGGAAUCCCAGUUAUGUACUGUCUACUGGAGGUGGUGUCUGUCUGCCCAGAGAAACUGGCUCCUAGAUUUGUUGAUAAAAUUGACUGGAUUAAAAGUCUGAUGAACACAAAUAAGGAGGACAUGAGGGAGCUCGCAGCCCAGCUGUAUGCUUUGGUGGUUUCCACCAUGACUGGCAACGAGCUGGAGAUGGCUGUGCACAACCUGGUGAAAAUCACCAAAGACAACCAUAGUCCUGAGACUCAGCAUGGUGCCAUCUUGGCUCUCGGCUACAUGGUGGGAAGGUACAUGAGCAGGAAGAAAGCUGUCACCUCUAGUGACUCAAUGCACGACAUGGGGCAGGAAAUGAGCAUCACCCCCCAAGAAGAUCAUCAACUUGUUGGCAUGGCCACAAAGACAAUUGGUUCCUUCCUGGACAGCAGUAGUGCACUGCUGGCUGUAGCAGCUUGUACAGCUCUGGGAGAAAUUGGGCGGAAUGGCACCCUGCUGAUCCCAGCAGAGGGGGAGGGCUUCACCAAACUGUCAAUCGUGGAAAACCUGCUGGCUCGCAUCCCCUCUGGCAAGGAGAGUACAAAGAUGAAGGAGCGAUCAAUCCAGACUUUGGGUUACCUACCUGUGGGAGAUGGAGACUUCCCUCACCAGAAGAGGCUGCUGCAGGGUCUCAUGGACUCAGUAGAAGCCAAGCAGGUGGAGUUGCAGUUUACAGUUGGAGAGGCUAUAACCAGUGCUGCAAUAGGCACCAGCUCUGGAGCUGCCAGAGAUCCAUGGACCUGCACUGAGGACCAGUACAGCCCGCCACACAAUGUGAAAAACAAUGAUGUGGUUCCUUGGGUCCUCAACUCCAUCCUGUCCAAGUAUAUACCCAGCCAGAACCCCCAUGUCCGACAGGCCGCCUGCAUGUGGCUGCUGUCCCUGGUCAAGAAACUCAGCCAACACAAGGAAAUCACAUCCCAUUUGAAGGAGAUUCAGGUGGCGUUCAUCUCUGUUCUCUCAGACCCUGACGAGUUGAGUCAGGAUGUGGCGUCCAAAGGCCUGGGCCUUGUCUAUGAGAUGGGAGGAGAGGGCGACCAACAGAAACUGGUGUCCACCCUGGUGGAAACACUCAUGACUGGCAAAAGAGUGAAACAUGCUGUUUCGGAAGAUACAGAGGUGUUCCAAGGAGAAGGUUUGGGGAAAACACCUGAUGGUCACGGCCUGACCACAUACAAGGAGCUCUGCUCAUUGGCCAGCGACCUGAACCAACCAGAUCUCGUCUACAAGUUCAUGAACCUGGCCAAUCAUCAUGCCAUGUGGAACUCCCGCAAGGGAGCAGCUUUUGGUUUCCACAUGAUCGCAGCCAAAGCCGGGGAGCAGCUGGCUCCAUUCCUGCCCCAGCUUGUGCCCCGCCUUUACCGCUACCAGUUUGACCCCAACCUGAGCAUUCGCCAGGCCAUGACCAGCAUCUGGGAUGCCUUGGUCACUGAUAAGACCCUGGUGGAUAAGUAUCUUAAGGAGAUUCUGCAGGAUGUCAUUUCCAACUUGACCAGUAACACCUGGAGAGUGCGCGAAUCCAGCUGCCUGGCCCUGAAUGACCUGAUUCGUGGCCGCCAAGCUGAUGACCUCAUUGAUCACCUGGCAGAAAUUUGGGAGACACUGUUCAGAGUCCUUGAUGACAUCAAGGAAUCCGUGAGGAAAGCUGCAGACUUAACAUUGAAGACCCUCAGUAAGGUGUGUACUCGUAUGUGUGAGUCUACAGGCUCUGCAGCCCAGAGAACUGUGGCGGUACUGUUACCUACCCUGCUGGAAAAAGGCAUUGUUAGCAAUGUUUCAGAGGUCCGCUCACUAAGUAUCCAGACCCUGGUGAAGAUUAGCAAGACUGCUGGUGCCAGACUAAAGCCUCACGCUUCCCGGUUGAUCCCGGCCCUGCUGGAGGCCCUCAGCACCCUGGAGCCUCAGGUCCUCAACUACCUCAGUCUCAGAGCCACAGAGCAGGAAAAGAGUGCCAUGGAUGCAGCCAGGCUGAGUGCUGCCAAGUCCUCUCCAAUGAUGGAGACCAUUAACAUGUGUCUGCAGCACCUUGAUGUUUCUGUGCUGGGAGAACUGGUUCCCAGGCUCUGUGAGCUGCUCAAGAGUGGAGUAGGCUUGGGCACCAAGGGUGGCUGCGCUAGUGUAAUUGUUUCACUCACAGUGCAGUGCCCCCAGGACCUCACCCCGUACUCAGGUAAACUGAUGAGUGCCCUGCUGAAUGGUAUCCAUGACCGGAGCACUGUAGUACAGAAACAAUUUGCCUUUGCUUUGGGACACCUAGUCAGGACAGCAAAAGACAGCAGUGUAGAGAAACUACUACUGAAGCUCAACAGCUGGUAUUUGGAGAAAGAAGAGCCGGUGUACAAGUCAUCAUGUGCAUUGACCGUGCACGCCAUCAGCCACUACAGUCCUGAUGUGCUCAAGAGCCAUGCAGGAGUGGCUCUGCCGCUGGCCUUCCUGGGUAUGCAUCAGGCGCCAGGUCCUGAUGAGGAGAAAGGAGAGAGCCAUGACGCCACGCUGUGGGCUGAGGUGUGGCAGGAGAAUGUCCCAGGAAGCUUUGGAGGCAUCAGACUCUACAUGACAGAGCUGAUCGCUAUCACACAGAAGGCACUGCAGUCCCAGUCCUGGAAGAUGAAGGCUCAGGGUGCAGCUGCCAUGGCAACCGUUGCAAAGGAACAGACAGGCUCAUUGGUGGCACCACACCUUGGCAUGGUGCUAACAGCUUUAAUGCAGGGACUAUCUGGACGCACAUGGGCUGGCAAGGAGGAGCUAUUGAAAGCUAUCGGAUCAGUAGUCUCCAAAUGCAGCACGGAGCUGCAGAAGCCUUGCACAGGCCAACCCACCAUCUCUGAGGUGCUGGAGGUUGUGUUGAAGGAAUGUCGUAAGGAGAGUCUGGUGUACAAAAUGGCCGCUCUGCGCUGUGCUGGAGACGCGCUUCACAGCAGCAAGGAAGACAGUUUCAGCGACAUGGCUGAGAUCCUUGUCCCUCUGAUCAAGAAGAGCUGCCCAGAAAGCGGCGGUGCAUCACCGAGGUCACUGGAGGAUGAUGAUGAUAGAGAUGUGAAGGAGAAAGAGCUGCAGACAGAAGCUCUGAUCUGUGCUUUUGAGACUCUUGGGAAGGCUUGGCCCAGGAACCCACAGACUCAGGCUCGUUUCCAGGUGGAGGUGUGCAAUCUAAUGUGUGAGAAGCUCAAGCUAAGCACCUGGAAAGUCCAGCUUGCUGUCCUACAGUCCAUGAAGGCAUACUUCCAGGGGUUAUUGCUGCUAGAAAAAGGCAGUGAAGACUUCAAUGCAUUGUCGCAGAUCCUCACAGAGACCUGUGCUGCUCUCACUUACCCUUUAGAAAACAAAAGUUACUCCUCUGUGAGGACAGAGGCCUUGUCAGUUGUGGAUCUGAUCGUAAAGAGAACUGGAGAGAGUGAACAGUGGGACUGUGUGUCUGUGAAGAGUCGGGAGCAGCUGCAGCGCUCCCUGUCAACGCUGCAGUCCGACAGCAGACCUGACCUGAGGGAUAAAGCCCAGGAGCUGCGCAGACACAUCCAGAGCCAACCCUGAGCGCACACACACACACACACACACACACACACACACACAGCUCACCGAGCCAGCCAGAUACAUGAAGUCAGAGUACAACAAAAUAGAACAUCAACAACAGUAAAACAAAACACAUCGCACACUCCUCUGUCUGACCUCUUUCGUGCAGUUAUCUUCUCUUAAACAUAUUCACAAAUCUCUCAAUAAUUGCAUUACUUAUCCAUAUUACCUGUGAGCUUUGAAGCUGGCUUUGGGCAAGAGACUGCUCCACUCAAGCUGACGGACUGAUUCACAUUUGUGGCUGACAAAGCUUGACUAUGAAGCUUGAAGAGACUACAAUAACACAACUUGCUCUGAGUCUGAACUCCCAGUGACAGUGGUGAAGGGCAAGGCUAUUAUUGUAAUGACAAGUUUUUUUUUUUGGUUCAUUUAAAUGGACAGUAAAAUAAUGAUAAUAAAUGCUAUAUAAACCAAUGUGUUGGGUUUGUGGACGCUGUAUACCUAUAGCCCCAAAAUGGGGACUACACUUUACUACUGUUGUGGGUUUGCCUGCUCAUUAAAUGUCAGAACAGCAGGUUGUACACCUUAGCUAACGCAGACGGUUGACUAGUCAGCUCUCGUUCGAAGUUGCACUUUUCAAGGGUGUGGACUCUUCCUCACUAUUUUACCACUGCUGUGGAGUAGUGGUGAAAGAACUGAGGCACUGGAGAUAUAUCUCUCUGUGUCCUGUAAAUGGUGUUGUUUCUCCUGUUUGCAAGGUGAAAGAGCAAGACAACAGCCAAUUUUGUCAAGUCUUGAAUAAAAAUAAAAAAAACAACCCUGCUGUUAAGUUGAAAGUGAUGCUAUUGUUGUUUGAAUUUGUCCCUGAUAAAAUAAAGCUACAUUGACUAUUUGGA